UCCUUUUGAAAAAUCACACAAAUAUUGUCCAACUAAAUAAUCGAUGAAAUAUAAUGUCGUAAAAUUGUAGAUAUUUUACGGUAUACCGAAUUGGUUGCCAAUGUACACAGAGUAGAAUUUAGUGUUAGUGUUAUUUUACAGAUUUCAACGCCCAGCAGUUAACAAUGCCUCCAAAGCAGGGAUCAGCAGGCAAAAAGAAGCUUGCAAAGGCAGACAAGGAGAAGUUGAAAGCUGAAGAAGAAGAGAGGAAGGCAUUAGAAGAAGAGGAAGCAAGACAGAAGGCAGAAGAAGAAGCAAAAAAGCAAAAAGAAAGAGAGAAGCUUGAGGAGGCAGAGAGGCGUAAACUUGAAAAUGCUGAAAAAGAGAAUCGUAGAAUGGAGAUGCUGGCACUGGUGGAUGUUCAGGAGCGUAAUCGGAAGAUGUUGGAUGAUCUGCACAGUGAAAGGAGGAAAAAAUCAAAGUGGGCUCGAUACAUGCGUUGCGAUGGCUCGCCAAAUCCCACCAUUCCAGGGGAGAUAAACACGUACAUAAACCUACGUCUUGAAGAUUCAUCACGGGAUGAUAUCGAGGAAGUUCUAAAACAAGGAGAACUGGACCUUAGUCUGAUCAAUGAGCUGGACUUCCUGCUUGAAGACACGCCCAGUCUGGAAAUGGACCUGCAGGAAAUGAACUGCUUCAAAGCAGUUGCUGAUGGGAAAGAUAAGUUUGUUGAACUUCUGAAGAAUACGCGUGAAGACCUGCAGAUGCUGCUGCAGAACAAGCUGGAUGCAGCCACAGUGAAAAUCCUGCAGAAGGCCACAGACCUGUGUGACAACGAGACCUUCAACCUGCACUACCUCAAGGCCAACCAGGACGUCUGCCUCUGCAUUUGGGGAAACCUCUCCAAAAACCCAAGAAUCAAAUCUUUUGAGUUCAAGGAGAAGGGAUUCCAGUUUGAGAUUCCCCGCAUGUUGACCCUGUCAGACUGUGCCUUCCGCAUCCUCUUCUCCAAGUUUGAUCACUACUCCUCCACUUGCAAAUCUUAUUACCCACGUCAGAAGAAAAAGGAGGAGCCUGUGGCUGAGGUAGCAGAAGUCAAGGAGGAAGAGGCUAAAGAGGGUGAACAGAAGGAGGGGGAAGAAAAUGAGGGGGAGAAAGGAGAGGAAGGGGCGGAAAAAGAGGACACUGAGGACCUGAUGGCGAUGCUGCGUCAGAUGAAGGGCGAGGCUCCCCCUGUUGAGGAGAAACAGGAGGAGGUUGAGGAGAAGGUGGAGGAGGUGGAAGAGUUUCAGGACCCAAUCACACCAGAGCCGCCCAUCUGGGAGGACUUUGAUGAGGAUGAGGAUGUAGUAGACCUGCGAGCCAAUCACGUGCUUGGGGGCGUGUUCCAUUUCAAUCUGAUGUCCCUCCCACCACAGCCCAAGAUUGUCAAUGACUGGGUGAUUACAAGAUUGGUGGACCCACCAAACAUAGAGUACAUAGAGUACAUAGCUGACACGAUGAACCCUAUCGUCAACAAGGAGGGUCAGUCUCCCAUCCAGCCGGACAAGGGGGCAGACCAGCCCAAAAGGGACGACAGACCCCCUAUUACAGUUCACAUGAGACUGCCGGAGGACUGCCUGUUCACUGAGGAGCCCCAGAUUGCUCGCUGGGAUGAGAAGAAGAAACACUGGCGGCAGGAUGGUUUCACGGACUUCAAGUACAUUGAAGAGACACGGAUAUUCACAUUUAAGACGGCCUACUUUGGCACCAUGGCACUACUCCAGGAUGCGCACAUCAACAUGCCGUUCCAGUCCUGGGAACUACGGCCUCACAACACCAACUCAGCUGUCCUCACCAUAAUUGCAGCCAUCAUUGAGAUAGAGAUUGAGAUAAAGGACGCCAUGUGCUGCCUCAGCAAACCAGAUGACAAACCGGAGCUGGAGCACAUCAAGGGCAGAUGGAUGACCCCACUGGAUCUCAUCAAGACGUUACGAAGGGUUGGCAUCAAUGUUUUCCCAGCAGACGACUCCUCCAAGUACGUCAGCAUUCAGGACAAGGAAGUCACUGGUGGUAGACCCCUGGACAAGCACCCGGUGAUUGAGGAGUGGUGCUAUGAGCAGAUGGCGCUGUGCUCAUCAGCCUACGCCUUCUCCUGGUCGAAGUGGAACAGCGAGGUGCAGAAUAGGGAGAAAGUGCUCUUCCAGGGGGCGGAGUCUCUGGAUGACAUGCCCCUCCCAGAGGAGACCUGGUCCCUGUAUUUAAUGACAAAGCGACGAAGCAUGAAGCUGAAAAUGACCGAGUUUGAUGAAGCCUUCGAAGAAAACCAUGCGGAUGGCACACAUUUCAAGUCCAACUUGUACCACCUAUUGAUGGAGUAUUCCAGUCCAGAGGCCAAGGAACGUAUCCAUGAAACCAACUUCCAGUACAUAGACUGUGUCCGACAGAUUCUGUCUGCUACAAAGGUCCUUACAUAUGCUUAACUGUACACCAGUCUGUUAAAAAAGUGUUGGGCUUUUUUUUGGUGGAAUUAGACUCCAGUGACAGUUAAGAUGUUGUAUGCAUCAAGAAAACCUUAACAGAAUGUAAUGAAUAAGACCACAUACUUGAGCGACCAAAUUUGUUCUGGUAUGUUUUUCCCGCCUAUAUAUUUAUAUUUGUGCAUUACUUGAUUUUAUAUAUGUCCAGUUUUUUGUGAGUGAAUGAAUGGAUGUAAUUUGUUGUAAUCACUACUUAGAACAAAGCAUUUUUACCUGUUUGUUGAUGAAGCAAUUUGAACAAUAUUUGUUAUUUGAAAAUGUCUGUACUCUACAAUUGUUUUACAAAUGAAAGGUCAAUAAAAAUUCUGUCUUCUUUA